AUGCCCACUGUACGCGUUCGGAACACUCAAAUGUUGCGUUCCCCAAACUUUGUGUGUGAGUUGCGCGUGAUAGGACGUCGUCUAUCCGAUGCAUCCGGGGACGUUGUCGAAGAUGCAGUGGAGCAUGUGGUCACUCAGCUUACGCAUAUAAUCAUAGAUUGUUCAAGCAUUCCUUAUAUAGACUUGAUGGGAAAAGAUGCUAUAGCUCAGAUAGUUGCUGAUUAUGCUGCAAUCGAUAUUACUGUUUUAAUUGCAAAUGCUAAAGUAGCUGUGCGCCAACUAUUUGAAACAAGUGAUUUUUAUCAAAAAGUUGCUAAAAAUAAAAUGUUUGUAAGCUUAAACGAUGCGGUAUCACAAGCGCUGAAAGAGCAAAGAGAACGCUUCCCUGAUCGUCCACCAAUGAUUGUACCAUCCGAGAUACAACGCAAACCAUUGUCAAUAAAAGAACCUGUAGCUCUAUCUCCAGCUCAAAAGACUAUUAUCAGCAACGUAUAUGAU